GUUUCGUCUUCUUCAUAACACAAUGCCGCCGAAAUCCAAGGCGGCGCCCAAGAAGGAGGCCGGGCCCGCGGCGCCGGCCGCGGGGGCCGCGCAAACCGGCGGAGGAGGGGGCACGACGAGGCUACAGAUCAUGCUAGAUAAGAAGAUCGUCACACCGGCCGCGUUGCAAGUACCCGCGGUCAGCUCACCGAAGGUGUCGGAUAAGACGCUAGAAAAAACGUACGAUCCGCACGGCACGGUAAAGAGGCAAGGCUCGGAGUUCGGGUUAGCAGCGAAAGCAAAGGUCGGUUUGGUGUAGUUGUUGGUGCUAGAGCGAGAUCGAUGUUCAGAAGCCACAGCCAUAGCUGCACAUCAUGACAUGUAGAUUGAAGAUGGGGUGACACUACACCAUUUUUUUUGCAUGGCACAUCAAAGAAAACCGCACCACAGUCUAUCGAAGGGCACGUAAAUCUGGAGGAGAUGGUCGAAAAGUACUUGACAGAAACGGAAACGCAGACCCUCUUCUAUCAAAAUGAAAAAUCCCCACUCCUCACAUAAAAACGAAAUUUCUGAUGCUGAAUUUGCGUAAGUACACAGAUGUCUUGCAGUAGAGGACUGCAGGCCCAUAUCAUGCCAAUAUGGAGAGGCUUCUGCCUAGGCACCCAGCAUGAGGAACGUCUGUGCUGUAGUCCCAACAGCAUCACAAAUCGCCUCCAUAAUGGGGCGGAGCCUAUGCCGUUGCCUUCUUGCAAAACAGACGCGAUUCGUGAUCACAAAUAAGCGUCGCAAAUUCUCUGAGGUGUGCCGUUUCGAUAUGGGGAGGGGGGAUUUUUCCUUUUGAUAUCUUCGCGGUCCCAAGUCUCUGUGUCGCCCUCGAUGACACGCAAUUGCACGGCGCAGUAUUCCUUCGAUAAAGUUCGUGUAGUUUCGGAUGUCCCUAAAAAUGCUGAUUCUGGUGCCCUCUGUCUCUCCUGCAUGAAAACGAGGCUUUUCGAGGUGAGAAGUAGCAAUCGAUCGGAGCAGCGCAAACCUGCAGAUUUGCAGCACAGAAAGAUGCUUUUAAAAAAAUCAGAUAAGCGCCAAAAACAAGAAGUACGAGGAGCUGUUACUCGCAAAACGCAACGCCGCGGACCAGUUCCGGGGGCAGCACCAGCAAACCUUAAAUCCGGUGAUGAAAACGAAGGAAAUACUCGCACUACCACCAAAAACCCACUCGAUGGGGGUGGACGCAACCGAGUGGGACAUACACGACACGUUUGCCACGAAGGCGAUUCCAAAGCACGAGCAGAUCGAGGGGAAGAUCGUGCAUGACACAGAGGUAUUAUUUGUAUGCAAAACCCACCGUCGGUAUUAAAGCUUUUAGGCUGCUGAAUAAAUCUUGAUCUUCUUCUUCUGACUCUGUUGAAACCACUUGUUCCACGAGAGAAGUGCGGCUUUUUUCAUGGUGCUGGAAUGCAAAGAGCCAACAGUACUUAUGAAUGUAGUUCUAGAGGACCAUGAUGCAGCCGCGCAGGUGAUGUUGCUGUUGUGAAAUAAAAGGACCACCCAACAGGAAAAUAAAAAAACAGCUCCUGGUCGAGUCCGCGCUGAAGAAGAAGGGUUGCCUUUUCCCGUUAGAGGAAGCCUCCACUUCAGCGGAGGAAGGAGGCGAUGCCCCUACCGGGGCUGCAGUUUGGACGUUACAGGAGGACGCGGACUUGCUGUCGCUUACCCACUCUGCGGCAAUCAUGGAAAAAUCUGUGGUACAAAACGUGUUCCACGGGCAGCAAAUGACCUACAGGAAUUACCCAACUCUGGAACAGCUCGCGAAGGACGACGAAAAAUGGCGACAGCAGAGUACUUAUGAUUUGCAAAUAUGUCUGGGUCUGGAAGGAUGCCAGUUUUGUCAUGCACAUUUUGCAUGACUCCUGAUGUCUGUGAUGCAUGCCCUAGCAUCACAGACUUUAUGAGGGCUCUCCGAUGCCUAUACCGCAUCACAAAUGCCCUCUCGCCGUGGCAAAAACUGGACCUCUUUUGCUGUUCAUGCAAUACAGAUUUAUUGUAGAAUCCAAAUCCAGCAUCACAAGUUGCAACCUUCCAGACCCAGACACUUUUGCAUUUGAUAGUACCCAAGUAGACAGCGACGCGGAGCAGCGACUAGGGGAUGUGGGCAGUGUAUGCAAAGAAAAAAGUGUUACAGUUACACAUUGUGUUGCAGGACCGACAAGGCAGACAGCCUUUGUCAUGCAGGAAAUGCUUUGGAGCCUCGAUUCCUUCGUGUUUUCCCUUCUGAUGUUUGCAUUACAAGUUUCCUCUGCCACACAGAGAAAAUUUGUGAUGCAGAAAUUCCAACAAAUGUGUAACUGUAACACUUUUUUCCUGUGAUACAGUGGCGCGGAGGGGGAGAAAAAGGAGGAGGGGAAAGAAGGUAGGGAUGUUUGAUUAUUUUGCUAGAACUACAACAUCACGAAUGACAUUUUCGUUUUGUUGCUAUUCAUGUAGUUUCUGUCCCAGCAUGUCAAACAGGUACUCACAGAAUGAAAUGUUCUACUCCCAAUGCUGGCCUCCGGCUGCGGCAUAACAACGAAUAUGAUCGCAUCCGCUAUGAAUUUCACUUUUGGCUCAUUUGAAAAAUAAAACUCUAUAAAGGUGAAGCACCUCCUGAGGGCGAAUCCAAGCCGGCGGACGUACCUGUCCCCCCAGUCGACUCAUCGCACCCGCACCUCGCAGAUUUGUUUUCGUUUGACGCGCCGGAGCUCACAAAAGGGCUGGCGACCACGUGUGCGGAAUGGAACUCGCACCAAAACGACCUGCUCGCGGUCGCAUACGGAGACACAAGUGCAAGCAUAGACGCGCUGUCUGCAAGAAGAGAAAAGGACGGAGCAGCAGGUAGGAUUUUAUGUGAAUAGAUAAAUCCGAAGAACGCAAGUGUGGGGGUCUUUCAUGGCAUGCUCGAUUAUUGGUUAUGUAACCUCCUAUUGCCAGCUAGGGGAGCACCCAUGCGGUGGUAGGAUCCAGCGCCCCUAGGUCGGGGGCGCUCCUGCCUUCAGCCGUAUGGGAAUCCGUGGGCAGAAGUAUCCACUCGCGCGCCGCGCCCGCUCUAGUUAGGGUCUAUCUUCGCUUUUUCUUCUCUUCAUCCCACAUCGACAGAACAAGCAUAUUCACUCACGCGGUUCGCUCCGGCUACAGUGAUCUACUUAAGCUUCUCUUUUGAUUUUACACUGCAAUAUAUCGCAAGAACCACUCUUCUCGAAAUUCAAAUUCUAUCAGGUUUGAUCCUGUUCUGGUCCCUGAAAAAUCCGUCCUACCCGGAGCGAAUACUCAAGACCUCUUCCGGCGUUAGCUCCCUAGCCUUCUCGCAAACGCAUCCGUCCAUGAUCGCAGCGGGUCUCGUGGACGGAACCGUAUGGAUUGCAAAUAUGGCUGGGUCUGGAAGAUUGCCAGGCUUGUCAUGCUUGUCUGGCAUGACUCGAGAAUAUGUGUUGCAUAGGCACGAAAGAGCCCUCUUAACUGUCAUGCGAAAAGGGAGUUUGCCAUGCGGAAUACAUAAGACAUGGCAGCCACAAAAUUUAGCUGCGUAUUGGGGCGCGUCUAUCAUUCACUUUUAGCAUUACAAGUUUCCAGACCCAGACAUAUUUGCAAUCCAUAAACCGUUGCGGUCUACGAUAGCAGGAGAGCCACGUCAACCCCGGUGCUGGUGUCUGGGAGCUCGGUCUCCACGCAAAACGACAGGAAACACACAGACUGCGUGUGGGAAGUGAAGUGGGUACUGGGGAACUAGAAAUAUUAAGCUGGUUGUUUUUUAUUCAUGAUGCAGGGUGCUCCGAGAUCUUUUAUUGAGGAAGAAAUGAAAGCACGAAAUUUAAAUUUUUCCAAUGUGCAAGGCAAACGAAGGCGUGUUCUAUACUUCAUUUUUCGCUAGGUAAGUCAAAACCAAGGCGGGUCAAAGUCGGCGACAGAGUUGGAAAAUCUCAUGUCCGUGUCCGGAGACGGAAAGAUUUUCCAAUGGACGAUGCGAAAUAUCAAAUGUAAAAAUGUCUGGGUCUGGAAGAUUGGUUUGUCAUGCACAUUUUGCAUGACUCCUGAUGCCUGUGAUGCAUGCCCUGGCAUCACAGAUUUUGUGAGAGCUUCCUGAUGCCUAUACCGCAUGACAAAUGCUCUUUCCGUGUAGCAAAACUUGGCCUCUCUUUGCUGCCCAUGCAAUACAGAUUUUUUUAGAAUCCGAAAUUAGCAUGACAAGUUGCAUUCUUCCAGACCCAGACAUUUUUACUUUUGAUGCGAAAAGGCUUGGAACAAAAGCAGCUGAUGAACCUGAAGAGACUACUAUCCUGAGUAAAAACGUACCCACACCAGAGUUGUAAUGCAAAUCUGCAUGCUGAAAAUGUUUCUCAUGCGGAGCCUCAUGAGAAGCAUUUUCUAGACGUGUUUUGCAAUUUGUCAUGCUCCAAUCAGCAUGGUGUGCUAGAUCUGUGAUGCUGCUGAGCUAGCUCAAACAGCACUACACUACGAAUCCAAAUUUGUCAUGCAAAACCGCCAAAGCUUGUGGAUUUGUCUAGCCGAUUUCCCAUCUUGACUAUGGUGUGGGUACGUUUUUACUCAGGAUAACUACCAAACGCGCAUCUAGGUACUGGAAUGCAUUUUUGGUAUUGAAAAUUUGUCAUGCAGUGGUUCCUUGAUGAUGAUGCCGCCACUGUAUCGUGGCGGAUCGCUCGUGCUUGAAUUUUCGGAAUUACUACACGUCGACAUUAAACAAUCAAGGGUCCAACGUUUUCCGCCCGGUAGAGGGUGGCACCCCGUACCAAGGGGGCGCGUUCCGAAAGGCCGCGGGUAUGGCGGUCGACGUUUUAGACGCGAGCAACUACUUGGUCGCAACGGACGAUGGGUUUGUACACAGGUAAUAAAUAUAGUCCUCCCAGGUUUGCGUAGCAGAGUUUCUACAGGAGCGCGUUGCUGUUUUUUUGUCAUGCAAAAAUAAGUACGAGUACAUCAUUACUGCUUUUCGUCAUGCAAAAGAAACACAAUAACCACUUCACAGGUGUUCCGUCUCCCACAAUGAGCAAUACCUGGAGUCCUUCUCCGGCCACUCUGGUUCCGUCUACCGCGUGAGGUGUAACCCCUUCUACCCCAACAUUUUCCUCACCUGCUCCGUCGACUGGACGGUGCGGCUCUGGUCCUGCAAAACGUCCCUGAAUCUGCAGAAAUUCAAGCGAGACGUGAUGAUGGACCACAGCGAAACCGAGGCGGAGAACGACGAUAUCCCGCAAGCCGUAGCGAGCUCGCAGUCGCACCAGAUUCACCUGCAGGCGCCGCAAGUGAUGAACUUCCAGUCGACAGAUUUGACUCAGGCGGUGCAGGAUGUUGUCUGGUCGCCGGAUAACAGCACCAGCUUCGCAGCCUGCAUGAACGACGGCAGGGUAAUGUGCUUGAAAAUGUAUCUGUCUUGCUGGGUGCGAGCUGUUUAUCUUUAUUUUCUGAUGCAUAAAAGCACUAUUUUACCAAUGUUUAGCUUGAAAGACGAGAAAAACAAUUUUUUAUCUACUAAAUUGCAUACCACAGGUCGAGCUGUGGGACCUUUCUGUGAAGCCACACGACCCGCUGGUGGUCCACCACCCGAGUAGUUUGAAGGGCAAAGAGAGAACGUUUGUCCGGUUCGCGCGCAACUCCCCGGUGCUGGUGUGCGGCGACGGGCAGGGCACCGUGGCGGUGAUGCGGGCACACAACAUAUCCUGAGUAAAAACGUCCCCACACCAUAGUCAAGAUGGGAGGUCUGCAACACACAUCCUCACGUUUUGGGAGUUCUGCAUGACAAGUCUCCAUCUGCAGAGUGCUGGCUAGCAAGGAAAGCCGCAAGAGUAAGCCAAUUAUUUCUCAUCCUGUUUACAGCAUUACAAAUGUUGCCAAAACACGACUGGAAAUGCUUCUCGUGGAGAUGCGCAUGACAAAUCGAUUCCUGACAUUGCGCAUUUGCAUGACAACUCUGGGGCGGGGACGUUUUUACACGGGAUACAACACGCAGGGACCGGCGAACCUGCAGCACCCCGAGCAGGUGGACAGGCUGCUAUCCAUGAUCGCCGCGAACGAGUCGAAGAAGUAG